CCAACACCUCAGUAACAGCCAUGCAGCAUCUAAAUACCCGGGCAGACAGUCACCUUGGCGGUCAGGGGGACUGUGAACUGGAUACAUUUGGGAAAGGCGGAUGGGUGAACCAGGCUUACAGUGGCAGCCCUCCACCCGUACAGCACUCUAUCAGCACCAUCUACAGCCCUCAACCCCUUUUCCACAGCCCACUGGAGAGUAUGAGCAAGCUGAGCACACCCAACCCAGGCGAGGGCAGCAUGCUGAGCCAGCCUUUGGCGACGAAGAGCUCUGGCUGUUGCUCGUCUUUCCUACGAGGUAUCAAAGGACUGUGGGGAACUAGACUGACAGAGGACACAACAGAGAAUCGAGAGCUGUUUGUGAGAACUACCCUGAGAGAGUUACUUGUCUACAUUCUUUUUCUAGUGGACAUAUGUUUGUUGACCUAUGGCAUGACCAGCUCUACCACCUACUACUACACUAAAGUUAUGACAGAUCUGUUUGUGAAUACACCAUCUGACAGUGGGCUCACGUUCCAGUCCAUUGGCGUGAUGGAUGAUUUAUGGACAUACACGCAAGGUCCAUUGUUGGAUGGCCUCUAUUGGACAAGAUGGUACAACAACCAAUCUCUUGACACGGGGAUGCACUCCUUUAUCUACUAUGAGAACAUGCUCCUUGGUGUGCCACGCAUACGGCAGCUGAAAGUGAAGGACAAGUCUUGUAAGGUGCCCAGUGACUUUAAGGAGGAAAUCACUGACUGUUUUGAUGUCUACAGUGACAAGAAAGAAGACAACAGUGUAUUUGGACUUAUCAAUGGAACAGCCUGGCAAUACCAGACAGAAAAAGAAAUGAACGGAUCCAGUCACUGGGGCAUGCUGGCCACAUAUAGUGGAGGGGGGUACUACCUAGACCUGACCCUGACAAAAGAGGAGAGUGCUGCUCUUCUGGCAAACCUCAAAGACAACCUGUGGCUGGACCAUGGAACCAGGGUUGUUUUUAUUGAUUUUUCUACAUACAAUGCCAACAUAAAUCUCUUCUGUGUUAUUAGGUUGGUGGUUGAAUUCCCUGCCACUGGAGGAGCAGUUCCCUCAUACCAAAUUCGAACAGUGAAGCUGAUUCGAUAUAUUACCACAUGGGAUUACUUCAUCAUUGGGUGUGAGAUUGUUUUCUGUGUGUUCAUCUUUUACUACAUCGUGGAGGAGAUACUGGAGCUUCGCAUACACAGACUUUCCUACUUCAAAAGCAUCUGGAACACUCUGGAUGUAGUGGUCAUUCUACUUGCUAUUGUUGCAAUUAUCUUCAAUGUAUUUCGGACGAUUAAGGUUGACAGGUUACUUGGAAACCUUCUGAAAGAGCCCAAUAUGUAUGCUGAUUUUGAAUUUCUUGCAUUUUGGCAAACACAAUACAACAACAUGAAUGCUGUAAACUUGUUUUUUGCUUGGAUCAAGAUAUUCAAGUACAUCAGUUUCAAUAAGACGAUGACUCAGCUGUCCUCUACCCUGGCACGUUGUGCCACAGACAUCCUGGGGUUUGCCAUUAUGUUCUUUAUAGUGUUUUUUGCCUAUGCGCAGCUUGGAUAUCUUCUCUUUGGAACUGAGGUCGAAUCAUUCAGCACAUUUUAUAAAUGCAUAUUCACUCAGUUUCGGAUCAUUCUUGGAGACUUUGACUAUGAUGGCAUUGAAAGGGCGAACAGAAUCCUUGGACCGAUAUAUUUUUUCACUUACGUGUUCUUUGUCUUCUUUGUGUUACUGAAUAUGUUUUUGGCUAUAAUCAAUGACACAUACUCAGAAGUAAAAGAGGAACUUGCUUCCCAAAAAGAUGAACUUCAGAUUUCAGACCUCAUUAAACAGAGUUAUACUAAGACCUUUAUGAAGCUAAAGCUCAAAAAAGAAAAGAUCUCUGAUGUUCAGAAGGCCUUGCAAUCAGGAUCAAAAGAAUUAGAAUUCAAAGACUUUAGAGAAACUCUGAAGGAAAUGGGUCAUGCUGAUCAUGAGAUCUCAGCAGCCUUCUCCAGAUUUGACCAGGAUGGUAAUCAGAUUCUAGACCUGGUGGAGCAGGAGACUAUGAGACGAGAGCUGGAGGAAAAAAGGGAUGCACUCAAUGCAGAGCUUCAUAAUCUUGGACUAAACUAUGGAAACAGUGGGCAUUUAACAGAAGACAAGGAGAAAGCAACCUCUAUUCCAGUGACUCAGGAACAAUUUCAGAAGUUGGUUAAACAGGUUGUUGAACUGGAAUGUGCUCUAGCUACCACAAUGUCCAAGAUGGACUUGGUUAUGGAGAAAAUGAGAUUUCAGGACAUUGGUAAAACAAACAAAAAAGAGACCACAGGAACACAUUUGACUAUCACAAAUGAAGAGAGGCCUGCAUCUGGAGCAAAUAUUCUGGUAAACCUGGAGAGAGGAGUGAGACGGGAGGUACCAUCCUGGUCAUCAACUGCUCAGUUGGGGAAUACCGAAAAUCGUAUAUAUCAAGACAUAUGCUGGCCCACAGCCACAGAGAACAGUAACACAACUAUCUAGUUAAAUAUGACAAAAUAAUCUAUAAAUAUUUUCUGCAUGUAUGGACAUUGUGCAAAACAAUGUGGUGAAUAUAUUAGAAAUAGCAUUGGUACCUAGCAAACAGCAUGCACAAAGAACACAAAGCCAAACAUCAAAUUCAUGAACCACUGAAUAUACUAUGUGAAUUUUGUCUUAGCAGUUACUUGCUUGAGCAUUGCCUGUAUCAUCACAGACUUUAGAGAAUGUGAGUACUGCAUAUCUACACUAGAUAGUCUGUCAAAGACAUUAUGUAUUAUAUAUUUGGUAUAUUCUGAAACUAGAGUGCUUGGCUUAUAAUUUAUCAUCUUACAUUUUUUCUAGCCCUACUGCUUUGAGUGAUUGUAACAAAUGCAUAUGCUAUUACAGAAGAAAGGCAUAGAUGGAAUUUCAAGUCUAUAGGUUUUUUCAAGACUUAAGUUUGUGCUGUGUUAGUAUAUGAUACUUGAACCAUAAUUAUAGUAGAGUAUCAAAAAGGGGGGAAAAAAGUAAUAAAAUGUAAUAUUUGAUACUCAUACUAGUACUGUCGUAUACAUUUCUAAUGCCAAAAAAUAAUUUACUUUGUAAAUAUAGAGUUAUCUCCAA